AUGGCCCAGAACUUGACCGAUGCUGAGCUGGACCGCGACUGGCAGCCCAAUGGCCGUCGUCCUCAGUCCACCAUCGCCCGCUCCUUCUCCCAGGAGCUGAUGGACAUUUUCCGUAUCGAGAACAGCGUCGCCGACAUGGACGAGAAGGUUGACCAGCGAAAGCAAAACGUCCAGUCCCAAGCCGCCGAGCUCGAGGCUCUCGAGCGCCGCAUUCGCGAGAUGGAAGAGCGCAUGAAGCGCGGCUCCUCCUCUACCCACCAGCGGGGCGCUCUCCCCAUUCACCAACAACAACCCUCGACCUCGACCACAACCUCCCCUUCUGCUGCCGCGACAGCCACCAAAGACGGGUCCCGCUCCCGACCAGGUACGGCGCGCCAGAACCAGCCUCCCGCCCCGUCCUCGGCCAACAUGCCACCCACUCCCACUGCCAGCGAAGGUGAUUACGAAUUCGUCGGGAGGGACGACCUCUCCGAUCGCCCCCCUUCCCAGAGCACACGGCACUGA